AGGAUGUCAUUGGUUUCAAACAGGAGUCGGCUGCACAGUUAGGUUGCUGGGAGGUAUUUGCUGUGUUUAUUAAUUAAUUUAGCUGAUAAUAUUGGGGAGGUAAUUGCAACUAAAGAUUUAUUUACGCUUCAAGAAGACCAUUGCUUUAAACGGACUCCGGAAGCUGCAGCAUGAUUGACAGCCUGGAGUCCCGGCUGGCUCGCUCCAGUGGGGAGCUGUGGUCUGAGAUCUGCUCCGGCCUGCCUGCCCCCGAGGGGGAGGGGGUGUUCGCUGACUCCUUCCAGCCCCAGCAGGCGUCGCUGUCUGACAGCAGCCCCUGGGCACCCAUGGCAGACUCCGAGGUGUAUCUAGCCAGUCUAGCUUGCUCUCCUCUCUUAGAAAACCGGCUGCGCAGGAUCAAGGGCCAGUCACAGGAAGUGACCUCGCGAGACAUGCUGCGCACGCUCUCCCAGGCCAAGAAGGAAUGCUGGGAAAGAUUCCUCCAGGAGACGUCGGAGUCUGAGCUGUUCAUGGACGGGAGCGAGGUGGACCACAGUGCCGUGGACCAGCUGAGGUGCUGGCUGCAGCCGGAGAAGGUGGCGAUCAGCGCAGAGGAGCUGCAGGCCCUGCUGCAGCCCAAGAGAGGAGGCACGGAGGAGGGGGGGUCCAGCGGGGAGAGAAGGGAGGAGGAGGGUGAAGCAGAGAGUCCGGGGGCUGAGAAAUAGACCCAUUCAUACUUGCUGUUAUUGCCCUCUCCAUGUUACUGUACCAUUCGUAAUGGCUGUGCUUCUCCUCUCAGCGUUACUGUACCCUGGUCAGGUAAUCUCAUCAUUAAAAAGAACCAUCUCUCAUAUAAAUCAUUCAACACAAACCUUCCUGCAGCACAUUGAUCUGAAUACCCACGUCAUAUAAAUCAUUGAACACAAACCUUCCUGCAGCACACUGAUCUGAAUACCCAGGUGCAGUAUCCCUUCCUGUGUCUCUGUGCAUGUAUCUGAUGUCUGUACUGAUCAUGGGCCCUCUGAACAAGAGGUUUUGGGGAACAAUAAAAUAUUAAAAUAAAAA